UCUGGCAACGCUGUCAAAACAGCUGUUUAUUACUUCAUCGUCGAAUUUUGUGUGGAAAUUUAGAAAAUGACAUCCCAGCUACUGAGCCAGUUGAACACGGCCGACAAACUGGCCGCCGAGCCGUGGCCCGAAGACGCCACCCUCUACCAGCCUUACGAGGCGGAGCAGAUCCUGCUGCCGGAAAACGCUAGUUGUCUGGCGGUAAAAGCUUACCUGAAGAUGUGCAACCUGCCCUUUGGAAUCCGAUCCUGCGCCAAUGCAGAGCACAUGUCGCCGGGCGGCAGGAUGACGAAGUUGCCCUUCAUCCGCGCGGGGGCAUUUAUCUUUGCGGAGUUCGAGCCAAUUGUGAACUUUGUGGAGCAAAAGGACAUGGCCAUUGGGAGUUGGCAGGACGAGGACGAGAAGGCCGAUAUGCGCACUUAUGUGUCGCUGGUGGAGAACAUCUUCACCAUGGCCGAACUGUACAUUAGCUUCAAGAACGAGCGCGUCUACAAGGAGGUCACGGCCCCCAGGAAUGGGGUCGUCUUUCCCUGGCCACUCAACCACAUGCAGAACUAUGGCAAGCGGCGGAACGCUCUGCGUUUGCUGAAGGUCUACCAGUGGGAUGACUUGGACAUCGACAGUGUCAUCGAGAAGGUUGCCAAGUGCUGUGAGACCCUCGAAUAUAAGCUGAAGGAGUCACCAGAUACGCCCUUCUUCUAUGGCGAUCAGCCCUGUGAACUGGACGCCAUCGCCUUCGGCCACCUCUUCAGCAUUCUGACCACCAAUCUGCCCAACAUGGCGCUGGCCCAGACGGUGCAGAAGUUCAAGCACCUGGUCGAGUUCUGUCGCUUCGUUGAUGAGAAGUACUUUCAGACCAGGUGCCUACCAAAUUAGUUAUAGUUAUCGCACAAAUAUGCUGGCAUAAAUGCCAAAUUAUAGAUCAAAUAAAUUGUCGUACAUUUACACGUUAAGGAUUGCGUAAAUAAGUUCUAGUUAUGUUAAAUACAUCAAAAUAAAUUGUUUGUUGACCCCUUGUAAAA